AUGCAUCGUAAAAAAAGAAAAAAAGAAAAGAAAAGAACCGAAAAAGACAAUACAACCAACCUUCCUCCACUUUUUCUUUUUCCUUGUUCUCUCUCGCUUCCUACGUUACUCGCGCCUGUGCACUACAUUCCCACCAGAUUAACUCACCACCAGGCAGAGAACCAAUUGUUCUUGUUAUUGUUCCAACCGAUAAUUGUAAAGCCAUUAAGGUCGUAA